UAAACCACACUAUUACUACAACAACAAACAUCGCUCUAGUAUCUGUGUCCAGAGAACAUGGACAAGAGCAAGAACUCAGAGGGCAAGUCACUUAAACAAAUGCAGCCUGAAGAUGCUGCUCAACAAUAUGGGCACACUUUCAGCGAAAUGUUAGAUGACCUCCGCCAAGCCCUCCUGGACUCCAAGAAGGAGAAUAAGGACCUGGCUGCAGAAAAUGCUGUGCUGAGGGAGCAGAUGGCCAGCUUGGUGUCGACACUCUCUAUGACCAGAGAUGAUCUGGUCAACCUGGUCAAGUCUGUAGGCUGCUCGAGUGCCAAGGAGAAACAGAUGGAUGGCAAGAACAAGGAGAUGGACAGAAGACUGAAAAAAAUGGAGGAGAAAGUCAACUCCUUGAAGGAAAGUCUGCAUUUACAGCAGGCCGAGAAUGCAAGGGUCAAAAAACUGUGGAAGGAGGAGUGUGACAAGGUAAAGGAGAUGGAGCUCUCCUUCCACAACGCCAUCCUCGAGGUCAACGCAGAGUGGGAGAGUCGGUGGGUUGUCAGGCAAGAGGAGGCAGCUGUUGACUUUCAAGCUGUGCAAGAGAGCUGUGAGGAGAAAAUAAGGAAGAUCAUCAAGGAAAAGGAUGACAUGUUCGCCGGUGCCAAGUCUGAAAAAUUGGCACUUGAGGAGCAAGUGAAAAUCCUGACCACCCUGAGAACAAUCGAGAUGGAGAUCCUCCUGUCUUGAUGAAUACACCAUAGAAAUACAACUUUGCACUUUGCAGCAAAGGUUUCAGAUACUUACCUCAUUUAAUGCUCUUCAUUUUCACCUUUGAGGUGACUGUUUUACUGCAGCUGAUACCUUUCAUACACCAGAGAAAUACCACCCUCCAGUGAUACAAGUUGAGUACUGCAUCAAAGUGCACAAACCAGUAGUUUCUGAUUUUUCAGUGAGGAUGGAAUAAGGUUGGUAUGCACGAACCUGAGUGAUGAAAAGAGAACAAAACCCCAAACACCAUGGGACUCACACAUCAACAAAGACUGUACAAUCCUUCAAUUCUGCAAUUUUAAAAACAGAAUACAGGGUCUACAACAGAAUGCUAAGAAAAAAAAAUCAAGUCUGUCAUACUAUUUUAAUUAAUCCUGUUGAUGAACGCACAGGUUAUCUGCACAGAGUCUUCAGUUAUGAGGGUUUAUUCCCCAAACCUACAAGAAUCUUUUAUUUGCAAAAUAGGAGUCAUUAUUAGUCACAAAUCAAAUACUGUUUUUCAUUGCCUAUAAAAAAAAAAUCUUUAUUAGAAUGUUUUUUUUGUUCCAACGCUGAAUCACAGUGGCGGCUUUACACUGAUUAGCAGACAGGACCUGACCACUUCUUCCAUCACUAUGUCAUCUAUAAAAUAUUUUGAAAGCAAACAGUCCAACCAUUAACUUCACAGUAAGAUUAUUCAUGGCAGUAGAAGUGACAGUAGUAUGUUAUUAUGCUUUUUAGGGAACAGUUUGUCUUUUGGACGUCAGAAAUCACAAGUAACUCCCUGCUAAUAAAACUCUGAUGUUUUGCUUGGAUGACCAAGUGUGUAAAACAUCUGCACUUAACCCGACCUCACCACUAGAUAGCACUGUGAUCCUGCUGCUUUCCCUAUUGGUUAGUGGAACUUGUUCUCAUACACAGUUAUGUCACAUUAAAACCAUAACAUGAUUGUCUCAAAAUAUUUUCACAGAAAACAUGAUCUGCCCUCCUGACUCCUGCCAGUAUGGUAGUUUGAACAGUAAACUCUCUCUUACAUGUAUUAUAACUGGCUGUAACAUACUGUAACAUAUGGUUUG